AUGGACUUCCGAUACAGUUCAAAACAAAAGUGCUUUAUCAUCGCUCCCUAUGUUACGAUAAAAAUGUUAUAUUCUUUGUUCAUGACGCCUUCAUGUUUCAUUGCUUUAUUCUACACAAUCAACAAAACUGCGGUGGACGGGUUGGCCAAUGUGACAAGUUUUGUGGAAGAUUUAAACGAAAUGCGCAAUUCAGCAAUCGGAGACAUUCGUUUACAAGCUAGGCGUGAAAUUUCACGGCAAAAUGUUUUGGCCCAUGAACGAAAGGUGUGCAUACUGAACGGCCUCACAUCUGCCGAGCGUGACCUCAUCAAUCUGUAUGAUGGAUUCCGGCUAGAGAAGAUGAAUAACGACAUGAUAAUUGAAUUUUAUAUUCGCUCAUACUUCCUGACUCUCACAGAAAACGUCAAACAACAAAUCAAAAUUUUCAGAGAAGUGUUUUUAAAUUCUAUUCUGCCGCAAGCCUUCAAGAAAUUAAACAAGAAAUUGAAAAAAGAAAGACUACAGAACUCUGUCUUAAGAAACAAAUGGUUAAAUGCCGCAAGAAUUUUAUGGGAGGAAAUCAUUAAAGAAAAAAGAAGAAAGAAGAAGAAAGGGAAGCUAAAAUUCGAAGAGUUUAUAGGCUUGGAGUCAAUUUUUGUGAAAGAAUUUAUGCUAGUGUUUGAUGCGGAACUGCCGGACAUAAGAAUGCCUUUCUCCAGUGCUGUUCCCAGCGCGGCCGUUACAGAUGACGCAUCUUUGAGCAAUUCCAUAACUCUUCCACUUAGCCAGUGGAUUGUUGACAGUAAGAAGAAACUGAUGAAGUUGAAAAAUGACGAAUCUAACAAAGUUAAGAAAGUUUUAGCUAGCAAAAUGAACAAAACUUAUACAUUCAAAAAUGGUAUUAAACGUUUGCGACACAAAUACACUGAAAACAGCGUGAAAGACAAAUCCAUUAAUAAAGACCGGGCACAUCAGCGCUACAACAGCCACAAUAACGACAGCAGCAACAACCACCAACUUAUGAAACGACUAUAUAAAUUUAAAAUUGCAUCUCUUACAAUUAUAUUCACAACGGAGCUGCUGAUAUUUUGUUGCAGAUUUUUAAGAAUGUUGAAAAUUGUUUUUCUGCUCUGCAACGCAGAAGAAUAUCGAUGCUGCUCAACUUUUGAAAAUGUGGACGCAAUAAUUUUUGUUGAACCAAUAAAAUGGCGUGAAAUUCUCCUAAAUCUCAACAACAGUGGCUACGUUACAAAAGUGUUGUUAAUGACGUCAUCGCUCAUAUGUCUUUGGUAUCUAUGGAAAGCCUCUGAAAACGUGAUGAAGAAUGAGAUAAAUGACUUGUUGAGCAGAAAGUUGGUUGAUAUUCUGAUCCAACCAAUCGAAUCUUCCUUUGAAGCGGCGAAUUCAUCGGUGGAAAUCAACCAAAUGAGAUUGAACGCCUUAGAACUUCCAACGCUCGCAAACGUUCUUCUCAACAGAAGAAAACGAUUUCAAAAUUUAAAAAAUGUUCUCGUGCAUUUGAAAUUUUUGUCCAACUAUUAUACCAGCUUGAAAGUAUCGUAUUGGGACAAAAGGAUAGAGUAUAUAACCGCCAAUACGAGCAACUUAAGCCUCUGUCAGGCUCAUAACAAAAAAAUUAUUAGCAACUAUUUAUUUCAAAAAAUUUCAAGAAAUGAAAACAUUUAUAACGGAAAAGAAGAUAAUAUCUGCUUCCGUGAAAAUUAUGUAAAUUUACUGUUUUCCAACAACAACAACAACAGCAGCAGCAACAACAACAACAACAUCAACAACAGCGUCGACAAUUGUUACAAAAAUAUUCCUACAAUUAUUGAAAAACGGCUCAUCUUUAGUCCCAUCAUCUACGUCAACAAUAUCUACAUUUUUGCCAACAACGCAAUCUACGUCCGCACAUUUCAUUUCACCGCCAACAUCAUCUGCAUUAUCACGUUCAUCGCCAUCAUCGCAUUCGACAUCAUUGGCAUCAGAGACAAGAUUAACACCUCUUGUGAUGAACUCCAUGACCACCCAAACAACAACAACAACAUUUACAACGACAGUUACUACAAUCACAACAACAGCAUCAACCAAUGUAAUCUUCGAACCAUGUUUGAUUUCUUUGAUCCCAGCUCGUCAUAUUCUCAAGCCGAACUUAACAGCAGCCAGGGAAGCGGUAAGGUCGAAAUGUGA